AUGGACCAGAGACUGGGCGGCAAGAAAGAACCAUAUGCCGCUAGCACUAUUUUCGGUUGGACGUCGUUUGGAACGCCUCAUGCGACAAACCACAAACCGUUGUCAGUUAAAUUCACCACCACCGCUGGCAACGAUGCGAUCGAACAAGCUCUCCAAACCGCGCUAGCGGUGCGUAUAGCCAAGCAGUUGCGACAGUGCUUCCGUAUAUUCGAAGGUCGUGUCACAUUCUGGACCGACUUCGCCACUGUAAAACACUAUGUGAAUAAUUUCAGCUCUAGGUUCAGCAUCUUUGUUUCCAACCGACUGACGGUAGUGUACGAAGAGACCAAGGUGCACCAAUGGCGGUAUGUGAAACCUGCGGAUAACCCAGCUGACCACUGCUCCCGAGGCUUGAACUCAUUGGACAAGCUACGUAAUUGGCUUGGAGGCCCGACCUUCCUGACUGCUGCGUCAAAGGACGAGAAUACAGUGCUUGUACCCCCCGCGCCCGUGGAGUUGAUAGAAGCCAAAAGAGUAAUCAUGACGGUGGAACGAGAUAUUAUCUCUCCCGGAUAA